UUGUCUUUCAAAUCUUAAGGGUUGUGGCGCAGUUGGUUCGCAGGAAAAGCUUUUCACCAUUGUUUCAACAUGAUUCUUAAUAAUAGAACUCUGUUUAUAUCUGCUUCGCUUUGCAUUGCGGUUGCAUCGGUUUUGGGUCAAGCUCCUAGUAAUCCUCCUACGUCCACGACGGCGCCUCCCACACCACCAGCUUCCACUCCUCCUCCAACUACUCAGCCACCGCCUGCACCGACCACCACUCCCCCGCCGGCUUCUUCUCCUCCUCCUACUUCAUCGCCUCCCCCAGUGAAAUCUUCUCCACCCCCAGUUUCAACCCCUCCACCUAGCUCUCCUCCUCCAGCAACUCCGCCUCCACCUGCUUCUCCACCUCCCGCCACCCCACCACCUGCUUCUCCUCCACCAGCAUCUCCCCCUCCCGCUACUCCACCACCUGCUUCUCCUCCACCAGCAACUCCACCACCUGCAACUCCUCCAGCUACCCCACCGCCUGCUCCCUUGGCUUCUCCUCCGGCCGCAGUCCCGGUUACGUCUCCAGCUACGUCUCCCGUACAAACACCACUGAGCUCCCCACCAACUCCUCCAACUGAGGCCCCAGCACCUACCCUUGGCGCUUCUUCGCCAGGUCCAUCGGGAACUGACACGAGUGGAGCAGAUCAAAUGUGGGGCGUACAAAGGAUGGUAGGGAGCUUGGUGUUGGGAUGGGCCACCCUAGGUUUGAUAGUUUGUUAUUCCAUUGCUUCAUUUGCUUAAGUCUCUUAUGGGACAUUCUACCAUGAAUACUUGAUUACUUUACCAUAUAUGUAUACACACAUCAUUCGCUUGUAUUCUUUCCGGCUUUAUUUUUC